GUGCUAAUCUUUGCUAUGUUUCGUUUCUUUCAGAGCUACAAUGACCCAGUGGAGAGUAAAAGCUCUCAAUCGAGCCAACCUUCUCACAUGAUGCCCCCAAAUCCUUCUCUGUACAGCGUCCCACCUCAGCCCUCCUCCCCGUACCUGAGCCCCGGUCCCUUCCCUCUGUCAGACCUCCAGAGUUACGCCGCAGGAGCUCCCAGACACGGCCUGCCCCGAUCGGCCAUGCUGCCCUCGCUCAGUGCCUCGCCACCGGCAUCGUUUCAGAUCAGCCCUCCUCUUCAUCAGCAGCUCUCUCUGCAUCAGGGCUCCCUCCUCAACCAGCCAAUCCGCAUGCAACAGGUUCAGUCACAGCCAAUCAUCUCUCACCAGAUGGGUCUCCAGGCUUCGCUCCACUCCCCGCCUCCAGGACAGCAGGGAUUUUCUCACUUACAGUCCGAGUAUCAGAAAAGUGUGGGGGGAUCUCAAUCUCCAGGAGCUCCGAAUCCAGGGGGUCAGAACCCGGACUGGGACAGCGAAUACUGUAACCGGGAAUGUGGUGGAAACCACUGCAGGUAAACAGUGAAUGUGGUU